AUGUCUGAUGAACAACAUCCAAACGGGAAUUCUCGUCCGGAUAUACAAACACCAGAUCCCAGCAUAGCAUCUAGGCCGUGCGACCUCGCUAGCGUCGGAACGCACGUGGAAAAAAUCAACAAGCUAGCAACCGCCUCUUCUCCUGAUGAUAAUAAUACAAGACUCGAACUAGCGGAAGCUGCCAGACGCUUAGUACGAGCCCUAGAAACUCCGCGGGAGACGAUGAUAAAGCAUUGUUGGGCACAGCCUUCUGCUAUGACUGCUAUCACGACCUGUGUUGAUUUAGGAUUGUUCGAGGUCAUGGUGAACGGCGACAGCCAUAGUACAACGUCCGCAGAGCUUGCUCGCGCCGUCGGUGCGGAUUCUGCUCUUGUAGCCCGGUUACUCCGUCAUCUAAGCGCCAUGGGAUAUGUAGAAGAGACCGGUGCCGACGAGUAUGCGCCAACUAACUUUACAAGAUCCCUAUGCAUACCUGCAAUAAGUGCUGGUUACCCCCUAUUGUCGGGCGGUUUCCUCGCUUCGAAUAUCAAAUUCCACGAGUAUAUGAAAAAGACUGGGUAUGUGGUUCCGAGCAGCAUGCUUUCCGGGCCUUAUCAAUAUGCGUAUGGCACAGACAAGCACGUAUUCGAGCAUCUUCAAGCCAAUCCUCCCUACGGCGAUUUAUUCAACCUUCAUAUGGCCGCAUAUCGCCAGGGGCGAGCAAGUUGGAUGGACCCUCAAUUCUUCCCAGUUCAGGAGAAGCUCAUUGAUGGGGCAAACCAGAGUAAGGAAGCCGUAUUCUUGGUCGAUAUCGGGGGCUCAAUUGGACAUGAUAUGGAGGAAUUUCUAACGAAACAUCCAUCUGUACCCGGCCGUCUUGUAUUACAAGAUUUACUAGCUGUACUUCAACAAAUCACCACCCUAGAUGAGCGAAUAGAGCGGAUGGAGCAUGAUUUCUUCGACGAACAACCUGUGAAAGGUAGCAGGGCUUAUUACAUGCACUCCAUCUUACACGACUGGUCUGAUGAACAAUGCCUAAAAAUUCUAAGUCAGCUUUCCGAGUCCAUGGAACCAGGAUAUAGCAAGCUGCUCGUCAAUGAAAACGUGAUCCCGCCACGUCAUGCGUACUGGGAAACCACGGCUCUGGAUAUCCUUAUGAUGACUGGAUUUUCAUCUAGAGAGAGGACGAAACGUGAGUGGGAAGAUCUACUCGGGGCGUCUGGACUACGUAUCUGUAACAUUUGGACUGUCGAUAACGGAGUCGAAAGCCUCAUCGAGUGCGAGCUAGAUACGAAAGAUCUUUGUUGA